UGGCUCGGGGCAGUGCGAGGCCCGGGGCGCGUUCCGCGCCCGUCCACUGAGAAGUGCCGCGCGCGUGGCUCCCGCUCGCGCUGCUGGCGACCUUCUGGCUGGCGACCCUCGCGGAGAGGACCGCGCUGGAGGUGGGGGCUCAUUCUUCGAGCCCCGACUGCUGGCUUGGUCUCGGGCGGGCACUCUCGCUCAGCGAGUGGCUGGGGGUGUCGUUGGCGAACCCAAUCAUCGUCCUGGCCCUUGCCACCCCAGUUCUCGGUGUGGUUUGCCGCCUGCGGGCCACGAGUUUCACGGAGGGAUUGUGGACGCUGGCGGUGGUCAGGGGGAAUAGUGCGGGAAGAGGUGGAGUUACGCGUCAGUCCGUGGAGUUGUUUUUCUCUUGGCGUUCGCUGGCGGGCCCAGGCUGUGGAGGUGGCUUCUUCGCAAUAUGAGGGAUGGCACUUUUCAUUGGUUUCCUCACCGCUUCGUACCGUACAACGCACCAGGCGUGGGAGGCCAAUCGCCUGACGAAGAACAUGGCCUCGGCGAUCAUCGUCGCAGCGUCUCCAGAGACGUACUACUCGGGACAGCUGUUCACCAUCGCGGUUUGCAUCAUGUUCUUCUACACCGUCUACCACGUCAGGACCCACCCGUACAGGCUGAACUUCCUGAAUUACGUCGAGACCACAUCCCUACUGGUUCUGACCGUCCACCUCCAUGGCGUUGUCUGGCUUGGCUUACUCGUCAGCCCGGCGUGGUACAUCAUCGAGAUCUUCGGGCAGGCACUCCUGUGUGAUGUGUUCGCCCUGCUUCUGACGAAUGCCUUCUUCCUCAUGGCGGUCUUGGCGUGGGCCAAGUUCAUGUUGACGGACGGUCAUGCAAUCUUCACUGAUUUGGCAUGAGGAGCCGCGCGUGUAUUGUAAAACGAUUUCUCAGGGCCCAUCUUGGCUGGUGCUUCGUCCCGAUCGCCACGGCUGGCCCCUCUCCAGCCUGUCUCUUCCUUGGCCCUUCCCGUCAAGGGUGCGGGAUGCUGCUGAGGAGGACGCUGCUUUCCGCGGGCGGGUGCUUGAUUCGCGCGUGACUUCUUCACAAGUUGUCUUGGCAGCGUUCGGACGUGUGCAUUUGUUCUCGGCGGG